AUGGAUGUGAACUGGGAUCGAUGCGUAAUUUGCCAGAAUGACACUGGGGAAAGCUUGAAAUGUCCUUUACUGACACCAGGCACAAGUGGUGAACAAACAGAUGCUUACACAACAUUCCUAAAAAAUGUAGAACAAUUUCGAAGCAUUGAUGCUCUCCCAGUUGAACUGUCUUUUGGAAUAAAUGAAAAUGCUAAUACUUUUGCUUCUCAUUCUGCUUCAUGGCACAAAUCUUGUCAUCUCAAAUUUAACAAUUCGAAGCUGGCAAAGGCAAUAAAGAGACAACAAACGGGUGUUUGUCAAAACCCAAGUCCUAGUAAACGAGUAACAUUGGAGGUAGAUUGUUGCUUGUUUUGUAAGAAAGGCAAAGAUGAAGGUCUACUCCAUCAAGUUUCAACAUUUGAUACCGACAGUAAUAUUCGGUCCAUGAUCACAGAGCUCAAUGAUACACAGCUCUUGACAAGAAUAAUUGGAGGAGACCUUAUAGCAAAGGAAGCCAAAUACCACCUUGCAUGCUUGGUCCAUCUUAGAAAUCGCUACAGAAGCCUAACUCGUAAAGCAAACCUACAAGAUGAAAACACAGAUGAGAAAUUGAAUGAGUGUCGGUCCUUCGUAGAACUAAGCAGUUACAUUCGUACAUCAGUGAAGUCUGGCAUUCUUCUUUUUGAAGUAUCUGAGAUUCACUCUAUGUAUGUAAAUCGUCUUGAGGAACUGGGCAUCAAUAAACAAAUCAACAAGACAAGUCUCAAGAAUAAAUUAUUGGAGCAUUUCCCAGAAGCCCAAGAGCAGUUUGAUGGAAGACACACUGUAACUAUAUUCAAUGAAGGUAUGAGGAAUAUGUUGAGGGAAGCCCUGAAGAUUCGAGACUUCUCAGAAAAUGCUGUUAUCCUUUCCAAGGCAGCAGCAAUAGUCAGGAAAUAUAUUAUGAAUCACCAAGGUUUCAAGUUUAGUGGCUACUUUCCAGCAGAAUGUCAAGAAGACUCAUUACCGGCAAGUCUUAAGUCACUUGUAUCUAUGAUAUUAGUUGGGUCAAACUUGCAAGAUCAAGUAAAGCGAGACUCUCAGGCAUGCUUAACCAUUGGCCAGUGCAUCGUUUACAACUCGGGGACAAAAAUGUCUCAUAGUACCCUGAAGGCACGACACAGCAAGGAACCUGAGCCCCCUUUCUGA